AUGCAAAGCAUUGUUCUGAUCAUUUGUUUUUCUUUCUUUGUUUUUGUAGGCUACAGAGAAACGGCAUUUGCGCAUGCCCUGAGUGCAGCCGGCGUGACUCAUCAAGUGUCAACAGCCUGCAGCCUUGGGAAGCUACGUUCGUGCGGCUGUGAUAUGAGGUCACAUGGACCCGCCCUCAACUGGGAAUGGGGCGGCUGCAGUCAUGAUAUCGAAUUUGGGGAUCAUUUUGCGCAAAAGUUUCUGGAUGCCCGCGUUACAGCAAAAGACAUUCAAGCACAAAUUAAUCUACACAACCACAGAGCCGGUCGACUGGGACUUAGGGUUAAUGUUGGCCAUCAUGUACACGAUACAGCAUCCGAAGCUGCUGCGUGGCCGAAUUCGGUAGUUCAGGUUAAUGUUGUCAAUCAUGAACACGAUACGGCCACCGAAGCUGCUGCGUGGACGAAUCAGGUAGAUCAGGUUAAUGUUGGCCAUCAUGUACACGUUACAGCAUCCGAAGCUGCUGCGUGGCCGAAUGAGCUAGUUCAGUUUAAUGUUGUCCAUCAUGUACACGAUACGGCCUCCGAAGCUGCUGCGUGGCCGACUUCGAUAGUUAAGGUUGAUGUUGGCCAUCAUCUACACGAUACGGCCUCCGAAGAUGCCGCGUGCCCGAAUUCGGUAAUUCAGGUUAUUGUUGGAUAUCAUGUACACGAUACGGCCACCAAAGCUGCUGCAUGGACGAACCAGUUAGUUCAGGUUAAUAUUGGCCAUCAUUUACACAAUACGCCCUCCGAAGCUGCCGCGUGCCCGAAUUCGGUAGUUCAGGUUAAUGUUGUCCAUCAUGAACAUGAUACGGCCACCAAAGCUGCUGCAUGGCCGAAUCAGUUAGGUCAGGUUAAUGUUCGCGAUCAUGUUAAUGUUGUCCAUCAUGAACAUGACACGGUCACCGAAGCUGCUGCAUGUCCGAAUCAGUUCGUUCAGGUUAAUGUUCGCGAUCAUGUACAUGAUACGGCCACCGAAGCUGCUGCAUGGCCGAAUCAGUUAUUUCAGGUUAAUGUUCGCGAUCAUGUACAUUAUACGGCCUUCGAAGCUGCUGCGUGGCCGAAUCAGUUAGUUCACGUUAAUUUUGGCCAUCAUUUACACAAUACGCCCACCGAAGCUGCUGCGUGGCCGAAUCGGUUAGUUCUGGUUAAUGGUCGCGAUUAUGUACAUGAUACUGCCUCCGAAGCUGCUGCGUGGCCGAAUCAGUUAGUUCAGGUUAAUGUUCGCGAUCAUGUACAUGAUACGGCCUCCAAAGCUGCUGCGUGGCCGAAUCAGUUAUUUCAGGUUAAUGUUCGCGAUCAUGUACAUGAUACGGCCACCGAAGCUGCUGCAUGGCCGAAUCAGUUAGUUCAGGUUAAUGUUCGCGAUCACGUACAUGAUAAGGCCUCCGAAGAUGCUGCGUGGCCGAAUCAGUUAGUUCAUGUUAAUGUUGGCCAUCAUUUACACAAUACGCCCUCCGAAGCUUCCCCGUGCCGGAAUUCGGUAGUUCAAGUUAAUGUUGUACAUCAUGAACAACAUACUUCCACCGAAUCUGCUGCAUGGCCGAAUCAGUUAGUUCAGGUUAAUGUUCGCGAUCAUGUACAUGAUACGGCCACCGAAGCUGCUGCAUGGCCGAAUCAGUUAGUUCAGGUUAAUGUUCGCGAUCAUGUACAUGAUACAGACUCCGAAGCUGCUGCAUGGCCGAAUCAGUUAGUUCAGGUUAAUGUUCGCGAUCAUCUACAUGAUACUGCCUCCGAAGCUGCUGCAUGGCAAAAUCAGUUAGUUCAGCUUAAUGUUCGCGAUCAUGUACAUACGGCCACCGAAGCUGCUGCAUGGCCAAAUCAGUUAGUUCAGGUUAAUGUUCGCGAUCACGUACAUGAUAAGGCCCCCGAAGCUGCUGCGUGGCCGAAUCGGUUAGUUCAUGUUAAUGUUGGCCAUCAUUUACACAAUACGCCCUCCGAAGCUGCCGCGUGCCCGAAUUCGGUAGUUCAGGUUAAUGUUGUCCAUCAUGAACAAGAUACUGCCACCGAAGCUGCUGCAUGGCCGAAUCAGUUAGUUCAGGUUAAUGUUCGCGAUCAUGUACAUGAUACGGCCUCCGAAGCUGCUGCGUGGCCGAAUCAGUUAGUUCUGGUUAAUGUUUUCGAUCAUGUACAUUAUACGGCCUCCGAAGCUGCUGCGUGGCCGAAUCAGUUAGUUCAUGUUAAGAUUGGCCAUCCUUUAUACAAUACGCCCUCCGAAGAUGCCGCGUGCCCGAAUUCGGUAGUUCAGGUUAAUGUUGUCCAAUAUGAACAUGAUACGGCCACCGAUGCUGCUGCAUGGCCGAAUCAGUUAGUUCAGGUUAAUGUUCGCGAUCAUGUACAUGAUACGGCCACCGACGCUGCUGUGUGGCCGAAUCAGUUAGUUCAGGUUAAUGUUCGCGAUCAUGUAUAUGAUACGGCCUCCGAAGCUGCUGCGUGGCCGAAUCAGUUAGUUCUGCUUAAUGUUUUCUAUCAUGUACAUUAUACGGCCUCCGAAGCUGCUGCGUGGCCGAAUCAGUUAGUUCGUGUUAAUAUUGGCCAUCAUAUAUACACUACGCCCUCCGAAGCUACCGCGUGCCCGAAUUCGGUAGUUCAGGUUAAUGUUGUCGAAUAUGAACAUGAUACGGCCACCGAUGCUGCUGCAUGGCCGAAUCAGUUAGUUCAGGUUAAUGUUCGCGAUCAUGUAUUCAUGAUACGGCCACCGAAGCUGCUGCAUGGCCGAAUCAGUUAG